AUGUUUUCGCAUCUUUCUUUAAGCGUUUGUUCAUAGUAUAUGAUGAAAAAUAUUGAGUUAUCAUCGGCGCAGUUUAUAUUAUAAAAAUUAUCGCCGGUAUUUUAUACUGGAAUGUCGAUGCACCUAAAAAGCAUCCAAAUGACGCUCGUUGGUUUAGCAGCACGAAAACUAUCUAUAAAGAAGCGGAAUGCCGAGUUGGCCGCAGCUUUCCCAAAUGGUGUACGUUGUCAGAAAUGCUUACAGCUCGGUCACUGGUCCUAUGAAUGUAAGGAGAAACGCAAGUACGUGCACCGCAUUUCGCGCACCAAACAACUAAAAAAGCGUAUAGCAGAAAAAAUAUCUUCUGAAAGUAAUGUUAGUGGUGCUGUUAGUACUACUAGCGAUACAACCAAGUCAUCAAAGGCAAAGCGUGCAAGACGUGCGCGCACUUCCUCUGGUUCUUCAGCUGCUGACGGUUCGUUAAGAUCGAAUUCAGACACGCAAUCGUCAUCAGAUUCAAAUGGUAGUGGUUCUUCGGAUUCCGCUGAAGAUUCCUCGAGCGAUAGUAGUUCUUCAGACUCUGAUAGUGACAGCAGCAGUAGUGAUUCUGGUUCUGGUAGUAACUCUAGCAAUUCAGACAGCAGUGGAUCGAGCGAUUCAAGCGAAUCAUCCAGCUCAGAUGACGAUUGCCAAACAUCAUCAAAAAAGAAAAAAAACAAUCGUACCUCCAGCUCAUCUAGUGAUGACGACAUUUGAUUAGAAACCGAAAUAAGCAAGGUAGAUACUGAGAUGAAGAACCAUAAUAAGCUUUAGUAGUUUAAGUUGGUAAUAUUAAUGUAGGUAUAAACAUGUGAUUUAAGUGUUUGUUUACAGAAUGAAUCAAAGAAAAGUAGGAUCACAAAACGUUAAGUUUCGAAUUGCAUUAAGAUAACAUAAGUACAUUCAUACCAAGUUAGUAACAAUUGCAGGAAAAAUCAGUCAGCUAGUAUUUGCAAUAUACAACGGAUAUCAGGUUCUUGUAGACGCCUUAAAAAUGAAAAAAAAACAGCUCUUUAUAAGCAGCAAAGUCGUGGUCUACUACAAUUUACCUAUACUGUGUGAUUUUAUUUCAUCUGUCAAUUCUAACCUAUAAAUUUCGUUUCUCUAAAACGUAAUUGUAAAUUUGGAAACUUGUAAGCGUUUUUGUAACUUGAGCUUCGUUGCUAUAGACAUUUACUUUGAAGACUCAACAAAAAUCUUAGUCGUACAUUAUUUACUUUGUGCUCUCUUAGCUUUCCCGCAAAAAAUGCAAAUUUAGGAUCAUAUAAUAAAAAACGGAAUAUUAAAGUUA